AUGAAAAAUCUGGUUAACUUGGCACUAUAUCGAAACAAACUCAGAGGUCCAAUCCCUCAUUCUUUGGCUAAUUUAAGUAGACUGGAGAGCCUCUAUUUGUACGAAAAUCAAUUAUCUGGUCCAGUGCCUUCUGAAAUCAGAGAUAUGAAAAAUCUGAUUGACUUGGAGCUAUCUGCAAACAACCUCAGUGGUCAAAUCCCUCGUUCUCUGUCUAAUUUAACUAGACUUGAGACCCUCUAUUUGGAUUUGAAUCAAUUAUCUGGUCCUAUGCCUUCUGAAAUCGGAGAUAUGAAAAAUCUAAUUGACUUGGACCUAUCUUUUAAUAAAUUCAGAGGUCCAAUCCCUCAUUCUCUGGCUAAUAUAAGUGGACUAGAGUUUCUCUAUUUGACUUCGAAUCAAUUAUCUGGUGCAAUACCUCAAGACUUUGGUAGCCAAGCAUCUAUUGUAGAAUUUCAGUUGUACAACAACCUCUUAUCUGGAAGCUUGCCUCAACAAAUAUGCCAAGGACAAUCACUUCAAAGAUUAGCGGUUAAUAACAAUAGACUUUCAGGUCCUAUUCCGGACUUUAGAAAUUGCACAAGUUUAAUAAGAGUUCGACUCAACAACAACCGAUUUGUAGGAAAUAUAACUGAUAGUUUUGGUGUACAUCCACAACUUUAUUUAAUUGAUAUGAAUCACAAUAGACUAUGUGGAGAGCUGUCACCAAAUUGGGGAAAAUGUAAAAAAUUGACGUUUCUGAAGAUUUCUGGAAACAAUAUUAGUGGGAAGAUACCACCUAAAAUUGGUCAGUUAACACAGCUUGGACUACUUGGCCUUUCUUUCAACAAACUUGUUGGAGAGAUACCAAAGGAAUUGGGCGGCUUAUCCACUUUGUUCCACUUGAAUUUAAGUGGCAAUCAAAUUUCUGGGCAUGUACCAGCUGAAAUUGGCAAAUUAAUCAAUUUGGAGGUUCUUGACCUCUCGGCAAACAUGUUAACUAGAUCAAUCCCAGCUCAGCUUGGUCAAUGCUACAAAUUGUGGUCAUUAAAUUUGAGCUGGAAUUCAUUGAAUGGAAGCAUUCCAUCACAAAUUGGUGAUCUAGUAUCCCUACAAGUUCAAUUGGACCUUAGUCAUAACUCAAUCAGUGGACCGAUACCACCAGAGUUUGCAAAGUUGGUGAUGCUGGAACUUUUGAAUCUAUCACACAAUAGGAUCACUGGCUCAAUACCUCUUUCUCUUGAAGACAUGGGUAGCUUAGUAUCUCUUGAUUUCUCCUACAAUGAGUUGGAAGGUGUUGUUCCUAACAACAAAGUUUUCAGAAAUGCUUCACCACAAGCAUUUAGGAACAAUAAAGGGUUAUGUGGUGACCUUCAAGGUCUACUUCCCUGCAAUCAAUCUCAUCGGAGCAAGGGACCGAAGAAACAUGGACAUAAGGUUGUCAUAUCCAUCAUUGCUUCUUUGAUAGGAAUUCUGUUUCUAGUACUUGCAAUUAUCGGUGUUUUGUACCUCUUGCGAAAAAAAGCAAAAAAAGGAAAUAUAGAAGCAACAACAAGAAAUCAUGGCAAUAUAUUUUCCAUUUGGAAUUUUGAUGGCCAGAUUGCUUAUGAGGACAUUAUUCAAGUAACAGAAAAUUUUGAUUCCAAAUAUUGCAUUGGAACUGGAACUUUUGGGAAUGUUUACAAAGCAGUGCUUCCUACUGGCCAUGUUGUAGCCUUGAAGAAGUUCCACCCAUUGGAAGGUGAGACAAGAGUUAAUGAUGAAAGCUUUAAGAAUGAGAUGUGCAUAUUAACAGAAAUAAGGCAUCGGAAUAUUGUCAAACUUUAUGGAUUUUGUUUGCAUCCACGAUGCAUGUUCCUUGUGUAUGAGUACAUGGAGAAAGGAAGCUUAGCACGGAUUUUGAGCAAUCAAGCAGAGGCUAUUGGGUUGGAUUGGCUGAAAAGAGUAAAUAUUAUCAAAAGUGUGGCUAAUGCUUUGUCUUACUUGCAUAAUGACUGUAUUCCACCAAUAAUUCAUCGGGAUAUUUCAAGCAAAAAUAUACUGCUAGACAUGGACCUCGAGGCUCGUGUAUCUGAUUUUGGCAUUGCAAGACUAUUAAAGCCAGACUCAUCUAAUUGGACGUCACUUAAAGGAACUCAUGGAUAUAUUGCUCCAGGUAUGUAA